ACCGUCAUCUGCAAGUUAUCUCUCACAAGCAUCAACCUCAGCUCGUCCCCAACCCUUUCUUGUUUAUCCUGUCUAAUUAUGUCAUGUUGAAUAUUUUGGCUGUCUUUGUCUCUGCCCUUCACUCUUCAUUCACGUCAGCCAAUACGCCUCUCGUGUGACUGCUCCCUUGUUGUAUUGUUCCACUGUAUCCCCUCUCCAUCUCACAAAUAAUGCGAAUCUUCACUCGCAGCCUUUAAAGGGGACGGUAUUUAUUUACUAUACUAUAUAUCAUUUCUCUUUUAUAUAAUUGUUAUACUCUUGUCCAUACCUAUUAUACGAAGUGUCGACAUCCAGUCCCGAUGGCGGCCUCCACCCUUUCAACUGGCGGGAUGAUCGAUCCUACCAAACAAGCUGAAUAUCCCAUCAUACUGGGAGACCGACUGGCAGGAAAGACCGACAAAUCUCACUCACAGUUAAUAAAUAUCCAGUAUAAUUACAAGACCAAAGCGGCGACUUCUCAGCAGCGGUCUGUUAUCACGAAAUCCCCACACUCUCGGGAUCACUUCAACCUGAAGAUUACCGAUAAAGCUCCGAACGCGGAGCAGAAUGUUCUAACCUACAACUACCAAGGCAGCGUGGACCCAGCACAGAGUAUUUCAGAAUCAGAGCGCCAUAAACUUGCGCUUGUAUUCGACGCGACAAGGAAGGCCUUUGUGCUGGAGCCUAUUGCUACCCAGCUCAACUUCAAUCUUCGUUCAGCCCCGGCCAAAACACAGAAGCAAGUCCUUCAGCAGUACCCCCAGCUCAGAACCUUACAGGAGGAUGAGCAUACUUCUGGAGAUGAUCGCGGGUCGGACCAGGCGAGCGGAAACGACGAUGGACCGGCCGACGACGACAACCCCUACGAUUACCGCCACUUCCUCCCCAAGGAAACGGAUAAUCUAGAUGACGCCAGGUCGGGCUCAGGAAAUGCGACGCCGGAACCAUAUACCAGCACGAGCAAGGUGCCGACUCCGCAAAUACCGGCGGACAAACUUGCUCCAAGCCCGCGACCUCGUCCCAAGACCCAGACGAACCCACUCCGUCAGAAGAAGCCGGCAGCAGACACCUCGCGAUCGAGUAAACCAGCCCCGGCAAAAGCGCGCGCGAAAUCACCCGCCAGAGUGGCCGAAAAAGAGGAGGAUAACAAUAAUAAAUAUAAGGGGAGAGACGAACAUGAAGCGGAUGAUAUUGUUUUCGAAUCAUCCAAAUCCUCGCCUUCGGAGACAGGAACGGCUGCAGUAUCGUCGCAAAAGACCGUUCCAUCACCUGGGUCCAAUAUCAUAAUCGACGGCGAUCUCAUUAUCGAUAUGGGAUCUCCACCUCCCGCUCGCCCGUUCAAAGUCAACCCCGCGCAUUUCUCGUCAAAUAACACACCGGCGAACGAUGAAAAUGAAGAAGACGGCUACGAGGACAUUGAGGACCUGCGGUUGCCGUCGCCAGUUCCAGCAGCCCAAAGAUCGGAGCCCAUUCCAGAUAUCCAAGUCGAGGGUGAUAACAACGGGGGCCAAGAGGAGGCGGAAGAUGAAGAUGAUUUGUUGGCUGCAGAGAUGGAGGCUGCGUUUGAGGAAGAAGCCAGAAGCCAACAGUCACACGCGCAGAUCCCAUCGCAACAGUAUGCUCCCAGCGAUGAUGAAAGCGAGGUCAGUGAGGAGGAAUGAUCUGGCAUUUUCUUCACAUCUAUUCGUUUUCUGUUUUUGUUUCGUCAUCCGUUCUAGCGGUUCAAGGGAAUUUGUAUGACGGCGUUGUCUCGAUCUACACAUUGGCAAAUGAUUGGCGUCUGGAACAGAGGAAUCCCACAACGAUACCACUUUAAUCCCCUUAAGAAUCUAUACAGUGCAAUCUAUCCGAAUGGCAUUAUCUGAG